CCAUGCAAGUUUUUGUAUUCUUUUGUUGUUAGACUGAUGACUGAGGAGGAGACCAUUCCUAUCGAAUUUGAUGAAGCCAUGUUUGGACGUAAUGUGAGUACAUCGUUGUUGAGAGAGGAUAUCAUGCGCUGUAUGGAAAUGAGAGAGAUAGGGUCCAGGCAAAUUUUGGUUUACAUGGGUUACUUGUACAAGUACUUGAAGGAAACAAACAGGGCUGAGUAUGUGUCGUUUGUGGAUCCCAACAAAAUACCAGCCGCUCAAGAUGGCAGUACCUCUUCACAACACAUUGCUAAUCAGUUGAAAGCAUCAAACGGAGACAGCAUAUGCCUUAUCCCAUACAACACUGGGUAUAUUUUUAAUCCCUGCUCAAUUCCUAAUACAUAGUAGCUUAGCUAUAUAUUGACAAU